CGUCUUUGUUCAAACCGAUUCAGCUUCUCACCCUGAGCCUCGCCACCGGCACAAGGGGAGUGAAAACCGGGAACUUCCGUCUAACCCGCUUCAGAGCAGUUAUCUCCAUAUUGGACAAGAGGCAAAUGGUGAAUAUUAGUCGUGGAGCAGAAAAUUGGCCCAAGCAGAAGGUGUAGCGCGUAUCAAGAAGUGGUAUUUUUCUCUCUCUCACUUACCGGUUCUUUUUUGCUGUUUCACCCAUUCGACUCAUUGCUGAUUCGAUUGGAGCAUCCGGGAAGGCUAUGUUUUAAACACCUGCACUGAAGCGCAACGCGCUGUAACAUUCCUGCGGAUUGCGCUGCAUUUUUUUCCUACUACUUUCAGAAUUUUAUCCAGAGACCCUCACUGAUUUGGCAGCACGCCUACAGACUCUAAAGGUCUGUGACCCCAUCUCCCCAGAGCAGCCCGCUCACACGUCGCCAUGACCCAUCUCAAAUGUCCCUGGAGGUUCUGCACGGACCGCCCGUUGAGCACGGCACCACGUCUCCAGGCGUGAACCCAAAUGAAUCAGCAACGGUUCACGAGUGGGUCCCGACCCAUCUUGGGUCCAGGAUGGUGGUGGCUGUGCCUGUAGCUGGUCUACAGGCUGUUCUGUCUCUGCUGCUUCUGUGUGUUGUCCUGGUUGUGACCCAGGCAUCCUCCAUAGUAAACAUGCGUAGAGUCACCCAUCCUACAAUACGAGAGUCUCUGGCUGGGUUUGCCCACCUCCCCUGUGUCUUCACCCUUCAGCCCAAUGAGCCCAGUCCCUCCAGCAAGCCAUCCCAAAUCCAGUGGACCCGAACCUGGGUAGCAGGUGGAGAGGGUAUUCCCUUGGAGCAGACGAUUCUCUCAGUCAGAGGUGAAACGUUGAACGUGAAUAAAGCUUUUGCUGGACGGGUCAGGUUGCUUGGAUACACCACUAACAACCUAAAUGCUACCAUGGAGAUCUCUGGCCUUCGUAUCAACGACACAGGCACCUAUCACUGCCAGAUAGUCGUGGGCGAUCACUACGAGAGAGACAUAGUGCCCCUUGUGGUCUUGGGUGUGGUGUUCCAUUACCAGUCUCCUAGCGACCGUUACGCCUUCUCGUUUGAUGACGCCCAGCGGGCCUGUCAGGAGAACUCAGCCUUUAUCGCCACGCCGACCCAACUGUGGUCAGCGUUCCACAGUGGCUAUGCCAACUGUGCUGCUGGAUGGCUAUCUGACCAGACUGUCCGAUACCCUAUCCAGUCAGCAGAACAUGGUUGCUAUGGACACCAGGAGAAUGCAGCUGGUGUGAGGAAUUAUGGGAAGAGAGACCCUAAUGAGCGGUUUGAUGUGUACUGUUUUGCCAGGGACCUGGAGGGGGAGGUAUUCCAUUCAUGGGUCCCGGGACGUUUGACUCUGUCCUCUGCCUCCGAUCGCUGUGUCUCCCUGGGUGGACAGUUGGCCACAGUGGGACAGCUCUACCUGGCCUGGAGGGCCGGGCUGGAUAGCUGUGCUCCAGGCUGGCUCUCUGACGGGAGUGUCCGCUACCCCAUCACCAAGCCCAGGCAGGGGUGUGGAGGGGACCAGCCAGGAAUCCGGACCAUCAUACCCAACACUGAUGAAAGCACAACCAGCAGUGGAUCAGCUAAUUCUACUGAUACCACACCAUUGUACAAUGCCUACUGCUACAGAGGGAGCGUAAAGGAGCCAGGCCCCAUAUCUACCAUCUACAAAUCUCUAUGGAGGCCCUGGAACUACCUGAGCAGCACCAUCGGCUCUGACACCUCAGCAGGAGACAGCGUUGCCCUGGCUACUGAAUCCACCGGCAGUCCCCUGACCCCCGAGAGUGAGAAUCUUUCACCUUCUGAGGACCUCACACCCUCAAACUGGACCGGGUUGGUUGAUCUGGAGCAAGAAGCCCACUCUUCCUGGGACUCCUGGUCCUCAGAUUCCUCUGAGGGGUUUGUCACCCUACGGCUCAGCCUAGAAGAGAAAUCUCUAUUCUGGGGGGACCUGGAAGACAUGGAUCCUGAGUCUGGAGCUUUUCUCAGACCUCCAGCCACCCCCAGCCCCGGUCCAAGCUUCAGCACUAGCCUCAGUUCCAGACUAAGUUUAACCACUCAGGAAGAGGAGCCAAUCUCAAUGCCCGCCCCCACUGAAAAAAAGGUGAUAGCCAAGAUAGUGAAGUCUAUGUGGAAGCCAUGGGACUACCUGACAGGGGUAACAGAAGCUGCCCAAGGACCAGUCAGUCCAGAGAGGGAUAGAGAGGGAACCCCAGAGGGCUCUGUGACUGGCAGCGGAUCUGUUCCCACUGGCUCUUCAGGGUUACCCUCGUGGGGUCGUGGGUGGUGGGACAGCUCCGAUGUGGGGGAACUGGACACCCACACGCCCGUCACCGGUGUGCCAUCAACGUCCCCAGGCCAGGUCCCCUCUGCCACGGCCACUGAGAGCCAGUCCUCUGCCCCCGUCUCCAACCCCGGACGGUGGGAGGCUGCCUCAGAGUCCGCUACGCACCCGGAGAGUAAGUGGAUCCAGGUGGACCCCCGGAAGGUUCAGACGUCACCCCAGCCGGAUGACGGGAGACGGGGAGAGGUCCCCACCAGAGUGGAUGUCCGGGCAGGUGCAGGGAGAGGUAUAGCUGAAGAGGAGGGGAGUGCUGCGGGGACCUCCGAGGAAGCCAGAGGGGAGAUCCAGUUCACAUAUCGCCACGCUGCGACCGACGCGCCCAAACUCCGACUCCCUCCUUCAGAAGAGACAAGCACGAGUAAGGACCAGCCAGGAUAUAGUCCCAGCCCCUCCCAACCCCACGUCAGCAGCUCCACUUCUGGGUCAGACUUUAGGGACUCUUCCCCUUCACCCAAACCAGAUACUGGAGCUCCGGCCCCUCCACCUUCCACUUCAGUCAGCUCCAAGGAGACCGCCCCAUCCGGCUCCUGGGUCCCGGUAAAGAGUGCUGCGAUGGAGCAUGGAGGGGAGGGCGGGGAAAGGGGGCCCCUGACGAUGCCCUCCGGAUCACCAGUGGAGGAAGAUACAGUCUGGUCUUACACACUUGGCUCUGGGUUGCCUAGCAACGUGGAUGAGGAGGCCGGCGGAUUCAACCGGAGCAACGGAACUCUUGGCUCGGCAGGUGCGGAGGAGCCCUGCCUCACCAAUCCGUGUCUGCAUGGAGGGAAGUGUCUACCUCAGGGCCAGGGCUACAGCUGUUACUGCCCACAGGGCUUCACAGGGGAGAACUGUGAGAUUGACGUGGAUGACUGCCAAUCCAACCCGUGCCUAAACGGAGGCACCUGCAUCGACAAGAUCGACUCGUUCAUCUGCCUCUGUCUGCCCAGCUACUCCGGACACUCCUGUGAGAAGGAUGUGGAGGGUUGUGAACAUGGAUGGAAGAAGUUUCAUGGCCACUGCUACAGGUACUUCUCAAACAGACACACCUGGGAGAAUGCAGAGAAGGACUGCAGGGAGCACAGUGCCCACCUGAGCAGCAUCACCUCAGUCACUGAGCAGGAGUUCAUCAACGACCUGGGUCACGACAACGCCUGGGUGGGCCUCAAUGACCGCACGGUGGAGGACGAUUUCCAGUGGACCGACGUCAAUGACCUGGUAUAUGAGAACUGGAAAGAGAGCCAGCCUGAUAACUUCUUUGCCGGCGGAGAGGACUGUGUGGUGACCAUCGCCCAUGAGGACGGCAAGUGGAACGAUGUGCCCUGCAACUACAACCUCCCCUACAUCUGCAAGAAAGGCACAGUGCUGUGUGGAACCCCACCCGCUGUGGAGAACGCCCAUCUGAUUGGACGCCGGCGGUCCCACUAUGACAUCCAUGCUGUGGUGCGUUACCAGUGUGCCGAAGGGUUCUACCAGCGCCACAUCCCCACCGCUCGUUGCCGUGUCGAUGGCACCUGGGACCGGCCCAAGAUCAUCUGCACAAAGUCUCGGCGAUCCCACCGGUACCGCCGCAACCACCACCAUGGCCAACGCCGUGAGCGCAGGAACCACAGGAGACAUGGAGGAGAGGCACACAGGGAGAGGGGAGAGGAUGUACACAGCCACUACUGAACCAAAUACUACACUUCCCACAAAGCCUUGCGUCUGGCGCGGAAGGGAUCAGUCAGGAUCUCACAAUGGACAAAUAGUUGACAUAUGAACUUUUACUUUUUUGACUUGAUUUUAGCCUGACACUUUGGGUUUAAAUUACUUUUCAGAUACCGUAGAGAGCAAAACUUUCAUGCAUCAGUGCAAAAAGUUCAUGUAUAUCUCAAGUUAACAGUUGAUUUUGUUUCCCCAGGUCAGCUGCUUACAACAGUAAUUGUUUUUCUCUCACUAACAUAAUCGCUAAUAUCUUAGAAAAGGCAAUGCCUAUGGAUAACCGAUUCUCACUGUCUAAAAAUAAAGUGGUGUGUGUGUCUGUGUGUGUGUGUGCAUAUGACCGUGUGUGUGCAUGUACUUGAAAGAGAGUGUGUUUUUGAUAAGUCUGAAGCUUGUUCUUCUCAGAACAUACUCAUUUUAGUAUUCUGUUUUAAAGCACAGAAAGUAAUUAAUGCAACUGAGAUAAUUAUCUUUCAGUCCCAAAUAACCCAGAGCUUUUGUUUGUAUACAGUAUCCGUUGUGUUUCCUUAAAACGUAAAACUCCUGAAUAGCAGGGCUAUUGUUUUAUUAUUCGACAACUCACACGCCAUUUUCAAAAAUGUUUAAUCUUUUCAUGUAAUGUAACUAUUUAUUAUGGAUUUUAAUAUAUGUUUUGUUUUCUCUGUGAUUCAACAAGGAAUUGUAUUCCAUUUCUCUUUGACAUACCAUUCUGGCAAUCAAAAGUAAUGAAGUUAACCCUCUUAAGUCUGUGUACUGUGAAUACUGUGGUGUUUGUUUGAUAUUGACUGAUAUCCAAUUGAUACCUGACUCCUGGCCAGUCAUGUACUCCCCUUGGCCCUCUCAA